AUGGGAUUCUUCUCCUUCCUUUACCGACAGCGCUUCGUGCAUCCAAAACCCCUCCCAUCUUCCAUUGACCUAAAAGGCCAAACUCUUCUCAUCACAGGCGGAAACACUGGAAUUGGUCUCGAAGCUACUCGCGAACUUAUCGCUCACAACGUCUCCCAUGUUAUUCUUGCAGUCCGAACGAUUUCUAAAGGCGAAGCUGCCCGCCAAGACCUCAUCAAAACAAACCCCAAAUGCGUGGUCGAAAUUUGGGAACUCGACCUCGAAUCUUUCAGCAGCGUAUGCGCAUUCGGUAAGAAGGCACAGCUGCUUGAUCGUCUGGAUAUAGUUUUCCUCAAUGCAGGGUUGAAGAAGCUCGAGUUCUUUACGGCAGCAAGCGGCCAUGAGAUGACUGUGCAAGUCAAUCAUCUUUCCACAGCUUUAGCAAGUCUGAUGAUCAUGGAGCCAAUGAUCGAAAGUGCAAGAAAAAUCGGAAAACCAGGAAGGAUGGUUAUCACAUCUUCUGGGGUUCACAUGUGGGCUGGCUACCUUCAAAGAAAGUAAGGCGAGCAAUAUCUUACGCCGUUUGGACGAAAAGGAUUCAUUCGGUACACAACCAGAACGUUACAAUGUUUCGAAGCUACUCAAUGUCUUGUGGGCACGCAAGCUCGCUACUAAGACCUCGCCAGAUCAGGUGGUUAUCAAUACCGUUAAUCCUGGAUUGUGUUUGAGCAAUCUUCACCGUGAUGAGUCUAGCGCGGCUUUCGCUACAUUCAACAAAAUCUUUGGUAGACCAGCAAUUGAAGGUGGUUACUUUUUGGCGGAUGCGGCAGUUAAUCAAGAGAAGGGGAGUCACGGAUCAUAUAUCUCGGAGCAAAAGGUUAUACCGUAAGUUACCCGCUGUAAGAACCAGUGAACGAAACUGACACAACAUUUAGAGCUUCGACCUGGGUGUUAUCAGCUGAGGGAGCAGCGGUUCAGAAGAAGCUUUGGAAGGAGACUGUUGAGUUACUUCGAACUGAGGUACCAGAGGCUGAUUUGAAAUGGACAUGAUAGUAUCUUCUUGAAUCGGGAUUAUGUUGCAUUGUUGGUUGGCUUUCUCUUUUAUUCUUAGAUGGGAGCUACUUUGGACAUACUUUUUGUGCUCAGGACUGGGAUUGCAUAGGUAUAAUAUUGGAAUCAGUUUCGGUACUUCAGAAUGGGAUCGAAUCAAAUUAUAGCUUUAUACUCUGGUGGAAUUUAACUUAC